GGGCCAAGGGCCUGUGGGUGAGCUGUGAGGGCCGGUGCCACGUCCUGCAUGUGACCCAGGAGUGCGGGAGAGCACGGCGGCUGCCGCGUCCCUGCGGCGUGGGGACACGGACACAGCGGGCCAGCACAGAUCUGCAGCCAGGAGGGCCUGUGAGGGCAGGAGAGGAGGCAGCAGGGCAGCGAGGGGCUGGGCUGCGUGCUGAACAGCCCCCAUGCCGCUGUGCCUGAAGGCUGCCGUCAGCAUGAGGGACUAUUGCCCCGCCGUGCCGCGCUACGGGCGGUGCACGCCGCGGCUGAGGGCCUCCCGCACCGUGCGCUUCCCCAACGACGUCGUCUUCCAGGACCACAUCAAGCAGGGGGACCUGGAGCAGGUGGGCAGGUUCAUACGAGCCAGGAAGGUGACACUGGACACCAUCUACCCUUCUGGCAUGGCAGCGCUGCAUGAAGCCGUGCUGACGGGAAACCUGGACUGCGUCAAGCUCCUGGUGAAAUACGGCGCUGACAUCCAUCAGAGGGACGAGAACGGCUGGACGCCCCUGCACAUGGCCUGCAGCGACGGCUACGCCGACAUCGCCAGGUACCUCCUGUCCCUUGGGGCCAGCCUGGAGGCCACCACGGACGACGGGGAGAAACCCUCGGACCUCAUCGACCCCGAGUACGAGGACCUGGUGCAGCUCCUGGGAGGCGCCGCGCUGCGCUGAGCCGGGCACGGCCAACACCGAGCGCCUGGGGCCGGGCCGGGGGGCUGCGCCUGCCCGGGACCGGGGCUGCGCCCGGGCUGGGCCCGGGCAGCCAACGGGCAGCAGCGCCCGGUACUGCG